AUGGCCUCGCUGGCGGAGAGUAGCAUCGCGAGUGUACCACUCACCCAUUUGGCAGCACUGCAUGAUCACUUGCUGCGCGUGAGUGCAGGCACAGCGAAUGUGACAGAUUGCAUAGAUGAUCCUAGCGCUAUUGCGCAACCAACCCUGCAGCAGCGCUCGCAAAGCGAACCUUCUGCGGACGCGGCACGGGUGCCCGAGGCAUAUACAGAUCAUGAACGGCCUGUUGAUGCCGGACAGCAGGUGGUAACAGAGGAGGAGACCAGCGAUGACCGAGGCGCCACCGUUCCAGACUCUGCUGAAGCAUACAGCCAACCAUCACCACCCAGAUUACCUUCUUCGCGAUCUAUGCCAGCGCCGGAGAUGGAAGUCAUGAUUCAAGCAUCACCUUCGCAAGCUGUGCUUAGGACGCAGGCCCGGCCUGGGUCCUUCCACGGCUACCCAGGUGGCGAUACACAGCCAAUGGAGUCACAGGUCUAUCGCGACUUCAAUGAGUCCAUGGCAAUGCCGAAGCCGUCUGUGACCAUUUCGAAGACAGUAGCGUUAACGACACCUGCUCCGCUGAAAAAGAAGACAGAAAUGUAUGAGAGCGCAGUCACAGGACAGACUUCACGGACACUGAUGGAGGGUGACGUUGGGUUCAUUGACCUGGAGAAGGUUUGGCAGCAUGCAUCGCCUUCGUCAGCGAUUGAAGAGCUGCUAGCAAGCCCGCAAACACAGCGUCGCAUCGAUGUAGGCUCACAGAAGCCUGAGUUGCCGGUAACUCCAGCUCUAGCAGGACAUAAGCGCACGAGAAGCGGCGAGCUCUUGACCUCUGCAACAACCGCGACGAAGAAAACGCCCGGCUUCUCGCAGCUUUUCGGUCAGCCGCUGAAGGGUGUAACGAUGAGCGCCACUCAGCUAUUCGAUCAGACGCAAGCGCCGUCGUCACCACUGCCGGAUGCACCGCGCUCUGACCCAGUCGUGACGAGACCAUCACCGAACAUCAAUGACUAUACGACCAUUUCAUCACCGCCAGCACUCCGAUCUUCGCCCGUGUUGCUCAUGCAUGCAAAGCCUCAUGCAGCUGGUAGCGAUCCGCGAGAUGAUUAUACAAGCAUGCUGGAAUCGCAAGAGAGGCGCCGCAAGCGCAUGCAGUCCUCCGAGCAGCGAACGGACGGCAUUGACGAAGAUGACUUCCUUGACGAUGAGGAUACGGAGCACAGACAAUACCUGCAGCAAAAAUUGCAACGUGUAAUGAGUGAUCAAGCUACGAGCGAACGGAGGAAGACCAAGGCACCUUCACGGCCAGGAUCGAGUCGUAAAGAGCCUACCACGAUUAGUUUGAUCACGCCAGCACCCAUAUGCAAGGGCGAGCGCGUCAAUUUCGAUGACUUUGAGGACGCCGAAGUGGAGUUUGAUGCACCGGUACACGAAGACUACGAUGACGCUGGCGACGGACUGCUCGAGACUGAUGUAUACGAUGAGCUGGCGCAGACAGUUUUCCGCAGUCAGAGGAACGACAAUGAUGCAGAAGACGAGCAACGCUCAGCCGACGGUGAUGCUAGUGAAGACUUGGCCAAUGAAGAUCGAGUAGACGAUGACACUCUGCCGCCUGGACGCCAUGUCAACAAUCCGUCCGAUGUGGAGGACGCUGACGUCGCCACACAGCGAUCGAAAGUAGCCGAUUCGCAGCCACAUCGCUCGGAUAUCAAGCGACGGUCUCAACUCUACGGUGCCAAGGCGCAUCCAUCCUUUGCAUCAUUCGUUCCUGGCUCUCAGUACGCAGGAAAGACAAGCGAGGAGCACUCGGCCAUACGCCACCUAACAACCGACCAGCGAACCCAGAGACAGCUCUCUACAGAAGUGCCAAGCAGUCCUCCUGUGCAUACCGCAGACAGUACGAUACCAACAAAUUCAGUCGAAGCUUCUAUGGCUCGUCAGCAAAUGCUUGCGCAGUUUCAACGUCAGCCUCCGCCGGUGGCGCUCGCGGAAGAAGCGGAAGAAGAGGGAGAAGUCGUGGAAGCUGGACAAUCUGGAAGAGUUGAAGAAGUCACCGAUAGUGAGCUGCCAGUGUCUAAUGCGAAUGCGCAAGGUCAUGGGCACAUUGCUGGUGAAAGCAAUAGUGGCCCUCUACCCUUCUCCACCGCGCCCACGCACUUCUCAUCGUCACAACCUUCACCAGCGAAGCCUAGCCUCGGGAUUGGCAAGUCUCCGUUCAAGAUGUUUGCUAGCCAACAUAGCGGACUGUGGGCCGAAUCACCACGCAAGCUAGCAGGUGUACGGAAGCUCACUGAGAUAGCUGCCGAUCCGUCUCCGCCAACUGCUAGUGGCAACACUCAGAACGACAUCGAUGCGAUCAUGAGCGAUGUGCUGACUGCUGAGGAUCAAGCCUUCAUCGAAGCGAUGUCAAGCCCGGCACGCGAGCCGACGGCUAAGCGCCAAAGACUCCCGCAUAACGCCGCCAAGGAUGUCUUGCGAGGGCAGGAGGCACCGGUGCAUGUUGCAAUCCAGGCAGCUCGUUCAGAAGCUCAGCAGGAGAUCGAGCAGCAAGCACGGCCAUCCCAGAGAGCAGUCGAUCUAACUGUCCCGGAGCCACCUAGAGUGUUGCAGAGCAGCCCAAGCAAAGCUAAUGAAAUGCCAGCCUCUACGCCGGAAAUUGCAUCAGUCCCAAAAGGAACCCAAGAUAGUGCGAAGAAGCGCGAAGAAGCUGGAGCAGCUGCUGUCUCGCAAUUGCUGGCAGCACGUAAGGCGAAGCCCAUGAAGUCAACUAAGCUUGCCGGGCGCGGCAGGAAAGCAGCAAUGUUGAGCCACUCGGACGCACCAAAAGCAGUAGGUAGUGGCGUCAAAAUCAAAAUUGGCACGAACAAGCGUACAGCAAUGGUCGCUGCGCACGGGGUUGCAGUGGAAGAUUCCUCGCCUGCGUUGUCACGCAAAGAGGCUAGCGGGCAGCCAGCACAUGCGGCGCCUGCAGUGGCGACUUCCUCUCAGGGUGCACAGCUUGAAGGGGAGCACGAACAUGCAGGGACAAGCACCGCGGUUACAUCCAUCGCUGCAGCUCCCGCCAGACUCUUCGCCCUUUUCAAAGGUUCAUUCAACAACUUCUACCCUGCGACAUGGCUAGGCACGUCAGGCGAUGGCAAGAGAUAUAAGGUGCGCUUCGACGACACCACCGUUGCCGAAGUGGACUCUACACAAUGCAGCUCGCUAGAUCUGCGCGUCGGCGAUUGCAUUAAGGUAGACGCUCCUGCCCUGCGUAAACCGAACUGGAUUAUCCGCGGCUUUGGCGACAGCACUGCCGCCCAUGGGGUGCAACUGGAUGGCGUUGACGUACUAGGUCGUAGAGCCGUCAGGGCUGAGGCGAAGUCUGGCCGGAACAGCCUCACGCCAGAUCUGGUUAAGCUCCAAAGAGAAGACGGGCUUGUAGAUGUUCAGAUUGCGAAUAUUUACGUUACGCAUACGUUAUGGCCGGCCUUCAAAGACCGGAAGUUCUCGCCGCCGGCUGUGACGAAAGCUGAGAGCGGCCGGCUUGCCACACCCACCCUUGGAGUACAAACACCGGACGCUGAAACGCCUGGAUCGCGGUCAAGGCGUGCGACUGUCCCAGGCUUCAAGUUCGCCAACCGAUUACAGCACCUGCGCGACGCCUCAGUGUCCUCUCAUGCCAGUGGUAUUUCAAGUGGGCUCUUUCACGGCAUGGCGUUCGCCAUCUCCUACCUCUCUAAUGAGGCAGAGAAGGCCGAGGUGACUAGGCAGAUUCAGCGCAACGGUGGGCUUAUUCUUGAAAGCGGCUUUGAUGAGCUAUUUGAAGUGCCUGAUAUGGAGGGUGUUGCAACGUCGCCUUCAGAGCGUUCUCCCCACAGAGGAGAGAUUGCAAGUGCCGCCCGCGGCCUUCGCCUGAAAGCUGAGCAUUCAAAUCUCGGCUUCGUGGCACUCAUCGCGGACCGGCAUAGUAGACGCGCGAAGUACAUGCAGGCCCUCGCUCUCGGCCUGCCCACCCUAGCCGGAAGAUGGAUCAUAGACUCCACUGCGCAGAUUCUAGGCACUACAACAGAGCCGAUACCGCUUGACUGGCGAAAGUACGUUCUGGCUGCGGGAGAGAGUGCGUAUCUGGGCGGUGCUGUUCGGUCACGCUCGUUGGCCUACUGUUCGCCUACGGAAACAUCGCUUGCCGAUAUCAUCGCAGAUCGCAGUAUCCUGCUCCGAGGAGAUGGUGUGCUCAUCGUUGCGCCGAAGAAGCAGAAGGCUGUACUGGAGCGUCGUCGAGCUUUCGCCUUUCUUACUCUUGCGCUCGGUGCUGGCAGUGUCAAGCGUGUCUUCGAUCUUGCUGAAGUCAAAGAUCUCAUCACGCAUGAUGCCGAUAGGUGGAGGUGGGUUUACGUUGAUGGCUCCAUUGUUGAUGCAAGCGCAGCCCUCUUCGGCAAGCCAGACAAGAGUGGAAUCAAGCGUAAGCGUGGUGAUGAUGGCAAGGCCAAUCACGAUGCAAAAGCGAUGUCAGCCACUUCCGCUGACGGCAAGGUUAAGAUCGUCAAUGACGAGUUUGUCGUGCAGAGCCUGAUCCUGGGUUCGCUGGUGGACUGA